UCUUCCUCCCAUCCCUCAUCUCUCUCUCUCUCUUCUUUCUCUCUCACACACACAGACACACACAGAGAGAAAUCUCUCGCAAAAAUGUAACCCAUGUAAAAUUCUCAGCCCGCCCACUCUGGCUGGCUUCUUCUACACCCAAUUCCCAUACUCUCUCUCUCACACAAACACACACACAGAGAGAGAGAUUGAAUUCGUGUAAAAUUGGAUUUCUCCAUCACCAUGAACGAAAACAAUACUCUCUCUUCUUCUUCUGCUGCUCCGUUUCAGAAGAAGGCUUUCCAUUCGAUACUAGCAUCGCGGCUCACCCACCUCCAAAUCCCUUCCUCCGCCGCCGCCGCCGAGGAUCCCUCCCAAGAUUUCGAAUUCUCCGACUUCUUCGGCCCCUCCGCCGCCGCCUCCUCCUCCCCAUCCUCCUCCUCCUCGCUCUUCCUGAGGGACCCACCAGUUAUACACAAUCGCUCCCAUUCAUUUGUGGGCCCCUCCCCUCGUGUAACCCUCUCCAGAUCCCUCCCGCCCUUCGAGCCAGAUGAGCUCUACUAUUCUUCCUCCGACGACGCCGCUAAUAGAGACUCGAACCACGAAUCCGGUGAAAAGGGCGGCGGCGGAAUUGCUUGUGGUGGCGGCGGAGAUUCGAUUGUUGAGGAGGUGAAGAAGGUGGGCCCGGGUGAUUUUGAGAUUAUGAGGAUGAUUGGUAAGGGCGCGUUUGGGAAGGUGUUUCAGGUGAGGAUGAAGGCCGAGAGUGGCGGCGGCGGUGGUGGUGGUGGUGGAGAUGGCGAUGGGAUAUUUGCGAUGAAAGUGAUGAGGAAGGAUACGAUAAUCAAGAACAAGCAUGUUGAUUACAUGAGGGCCGAGAGAGAUAUUCUCACUAAAGUGGUGCACCCUUUCAUCGUGCAGCUCCGCUACUCGUUUCAGACAAAGUCGAAGCUGUAUUUGAUUCUCGAUUUUAUAAACGGGGGCCAUCUGUUUUAUCAUCUCUACAGGCAAGGGAUUUUCAGUGAGGAGCAGGCGAGGGUUUAUACGUCGGAGAUUGUAUCAGCUGUUUCGCAUCUCCAUGAACGUGGGAUUGUGCAUCGAGAUCUAAAACCGGAGAAUAUUCUCAUGGAUGCCGAUGGUCAUGUUAUGCUAACUGAUUUUGGACUGGCUAAGGAGAUCGAUGAAUCGAGCAGAUCGAAUUCUCUGUGUGGGACGACGGAAUAUAUGGCUCCGGAAAUAUUGCUGUCGAAAGGGCAUAAUAAAAAUGCUGAUUGGUGGAGUGUUGGUAUUCUUUUGUAUGAAAUGCUCAGCGGCAAGCCACCAUACACAAAUGCAAACAGAAAGAAGCUCCAGGAGAAAAUCAUCAACGAAAAUUUCAAGCUCCCACCUCGAUUAACAAACGAGGCUCACUCUUUGCUCAAAGGACUGCUGCAAAAGGACCCGUUGAAAAGGCUGGGAAGUGGGCCCAAAGGAGCAGACGAAAUAAAAUCGCAUAAAUGGUUUAAGACGGUUAAUUGGAAGAGAUUAGAGACAAGAGAAGCAUGUCCGAAAUUCAGACCAGACGUGACUGGGAAAGAUUGCACGGCUAAUUUCGAUAAAUGUUGGACGACAAUGCCCCUAGACGACUCCCCUGCUUCUACGCCUACUACGGCUGAGGAACACUUCCAUGGCUAUACUUACGUUGCGCCUAAUCCUUGGCUCUCGUCGAAAUAAAAAUUUGUGUUAGCCUUACAAGAUUAUUAAAAGUUUUUGAUGUAGUAAUUGAGUGUGUUGAGAAUAGGGUUUUUUUUUUUUUUUUUUUUUUUAUGUAAUCUUGAUUUCUAGCUAACUUAUUAGCUAUUUAUUCUGGUGAAUUUGAACCCAGAGACAAUGAGUUGUACACAAGAAAGAAAAAGAAAAUAAAUUCGCAAAAUGUAAUUAAUUGUUUGCAUGC